AUGUGUUCUGCCUUUUAUUCAAAACUCAUUAUGGAAAAGUCAACACCUCUGCGUUUCUACGAUUUUAUUAAGGAUUUUGAGUUUAAUUAUUUAAAUACGUUACUAGAGAAAGUAUGGAAAGAUCUGGAAAAGGCCUAUACUUGUUAUCUUAAUACAGUAGAACAGACAGAAGCCGUAAAAAAACUAAAGCAAAUGUGGGAGACGACAAGGAAGCGUUUUCAGAAUGGUUUUAUUGAUAUUUAUUUACAAAUGCGUGAAAAACUUGUGGAAAGAAAAGUACAAGCUAAUUCUCAUAAAAUUGCAUGUCAUACUAUAUCUGUUAAUAUGGAGAAAACAAAAACUGCAACAAAUGAUAAUAGUCAAAAUCCAUUUUAUAUUUCAGGAAGCUCGAUCUUAAUGAAGGAGGAUGAGGCUAUAGUUAAUGAUAAUGUCUUGAAUGAUAAUGAAGGCGAUGAACAAAAGGAAUUUGCACCUUCAAUUGAGAGUAAUAAGAAAAAAAAUUAUGACGAAGACAUUUUAUCAGCUGGUGGCAUGAUAGUAUCUUCAGAAGAUAUCAAUAAUAUUCUAGAAAAUAUUAAGGCUAAUUAUAAAGAAAAAGAUGAGUUAACUGACAAUGAUGUUGAAAGAAGUUUAGCAGAAGCAGACAUCAUCAAUAUAAGUUCGGAUAACUCUCCAAUAAAUAGAGAACUUUUCAAUAGAUUAAAAGAAAAAGCGUAUUCUCAACCUCCACCCCGCAUCAAGAUUGAUGGACUUAAAAAGUGGAUACAAGAAAACUAUGCUCACAAGAUAACCACCACGAUAUCAAAUAUUCGAUCAGUAACAACCAUUGAAAAUUUUGAUGCAAAACAGGUUGACUUUAUAAAACGAAUAUUAGAAAUCAAGCUUAUACAAUUUCAAGCUGGGCAAGGCAAAAAACUCGACUUACUUAUGGAUGAGAAUACAUACACAUCAACAAUAGUAUCUUCUGAUUUUGAAAUUCUAAAAUUUUGUUUUCCGAAAUUAUUCAUCAGCAGAUGUAAUGCCUCUGCAUGUAAGGCAGAUGAUAUCCUUUUUAAUUAUGGAAAUAUUACUCAAGAAUUUUUACUUUUUGAAAAUAUCAGCCCACCAUUAAAGACCCAAAAUCCCAAGUAUAAUGAGGACAAAGGCGAAUUAUUUAGAUUGAACUUGGGUGCCCCUAAAACCUUUGUUGCUGAAAGGAUAUUAACAGUUAAUUACCCUUUUAAGUAUUCGACCUUUCCUUGCAUUGUCAGUAUUAUCGAUCUUCUUUUCACAGUUAAGGCUAUUUUCAAAUCCAAUAUGGAUGUUCUUCACGAUUAUUCAAAGUCAUGCAUGGAAAUAUCUAAUAAUUUCACACCAGUUCGAGAAUGGCUUAGUUUGAAUAGGAAUAGCCUCUGA